CUUGCAUAGUGUUGAACAUUUUUUGAAGAUAUUUAGCUAGUAGCUAUCACACGUUACAAUAGAUAGCACUCAACAAGCUGGAGAUCAAUGUUUAGCUUGAUUAGUACUGUUUUUAUUUUAGCAGCAACACUGGCUUCGUGGUAAUGCAUUGGAAAUAACACCCUUGUUGCUAGCUAAAUUAAUUUCUCACACGAUGCCUCAAACCCCUCGUACAUCCGAUAGCCCGGUUAUUGCAGGCUACGCAUUAUUACAAGCUAUAUUAUAAAAUGCAAGCAAUAUUCAGCAGCUAGUCUGAAAAAUCAGAACAGUAAUUUUGUGGCUUGCAAGGCUGUUGCUAUUUAUGCUAAAUGGGCCGACGUCGCGAAGGCAGCUACUGAUACUAUCCAGAUUAGCUAACUAAACGAGUAGGGUUCAUUAUACACCUUUGCUAGUCGCUAAACAGAUGACGUUACCCUUGAGAAAUGUAAUGUUAAUAUUUUACAUUGGUAUUCAUUACAGGUCCUCGACAAGUUUUGAAAGGAUUGGAGCACCGAUAUUUGGCAAAUAGAUGCUGUUGUUGUGCUAAACUGUUAGCAAGCUUGCUCGCUCAGUUUAGUUAUAGCUAAGCAAUGGUAGACUAGCUAGUUUGCUGACAACAUUUGACAGCUAGCUAACGGAGCCUUGCGGUUUGAGGCGUCGCUCAAGCUUUGUCGAAAUAUGCUUUGAAGAUGCAAAGCUACUAGCAUAGCCAAAUAUACUAACGUAGCUAGAUGGCAAUGUUUGACAGGUUUAAGAACUCUGCCAUUGCUACAUCUUACAUUUGAAUAUUAUUUAGUAACUGGGGUUGUUAUUAUUAGCUAGUUGGCCAGAUAACUAGCUAGCUAGAUGAAACUUGCUCAACUCUUGCGCUUUAAGGAAGCUAAACUGUACGCAUUCAACUGUGAAAGAACACGUCUUUACUAAAGGAUUAUCAAGGCAAACUGAAUUCUUGUUGAUAUACAUAUUUUUCACCGUUGUGUAAAAAUAAAUAAAAGGCUGCUUAGAUUUUCAGUUGCAGUCAUCUUUCAUCAGGCCAUUUUUUUAUGCCAUUCCCUACUAAUCAGAAUUCGCAAAUUCGCAUCCCUGAUAUGAUACGAUGAAACUUUUAGACACACACUCAGAUAUAUUGUAUGCUGUGCACUGCAUAUUGUAUGUUGUACUUAACUAUAGCAUAAAUCAUAUUGGCAUGACUUAGGUGGCUCACGUGUUUACCUUGCUAGAUACUGCAAGUCAAUUCAGCCCUUCCCUUAGAUUUGACCUGGAGAGGGAAUUGUUGUCAUGGACCAGCAGGCCCAGUCCUAUAUGCUUGCCAGUCUGACGCGGCCCCACUCUGAGCAGCUGUUGCAAGGCCUCCAGCUGUUGCGGCAGGACCAUGAGCUGUGUGACAUUGUGCUGCGCGUGGGUGAAUGCAAGAUCCAUGCCCACAAAGUGGUGCUGGCGAGCAUCAGCCCCUACUUCAAGGCCAUGUUCACGGGCAACCUGUCAGAGAAGGAGACCUCCGAGGUAGAGUUCCAGUGCAUUGACGAGGCUGCGCUACAGGCAAUCGUUGAGUAUGCCUACACUGGCACGGUAUUCAUCUCACAGGAAAGAGUGGAGUCCCUAUUGCCAGCUGCUAACCUGCUCCAGGUCAAGCUGGUGCUGAAGGAGUGCUGCUCCUUCUUAGAGAGUCAGCUAGAUGCUGGGAACUGUAUAGGCAUCUCACGCUUCGCUGAGACCUAUGGCUGCCAUGAUCUCUGCCUGGCUGCCACUAAAUUUAUCUGUCAGAAUUUUGAAGAGGUGUGCCUGACAGAGGAGUUCUUUGAGCUGACACGGGCUGAAUUGGAUGAAAUAGUGUCAAAUGACUGUCUGAAGGUGGUAACGGAAGAGACUGUGUUCUACGCCCUGGAGUCGUGGAUCAAGUACGAUGUGACUGAGCGGCAGCAGCACCUAGCUCAGCUACUGCACUGCGUCCGUUUGCCUUUCCUCAGCGUUAAGUUCCUCACCCGCCUCUACGAGGCCAACCACCUUAUCCGGGAUGACCACGCCUGCAAGCACCUCCUCAAUGAGGCCCUCAAAUACCAUUUCAUGCCUGAGCACCGGCUCUCCUACCAGACGGUGUUGUCCACAAGGCCACGCUGUGCUGCCAAAGUUCUUCUUGCUGUGGGAGGCAAGGCUGGACUCUUUGCCACCCUCGAGAGCAUGGAAAUGUACUUCCCUCAAACUGAUUCAUGGAUUGGGCUUGCCCCUCUUAGUGUGCCCCGCUAUGAGUUUGGAGUGGCAGUGUUGGACCAGAAGGUGUAUGUGGUGGGUGGUAUCGCCACACACAUGCGACAGGGCAUUAGCUACCGGAGACAUGAGAGCACAGUGGAGAGCUGGGACCCUGACAGCAACACGUGGUCCACAGUGGAGCGCAUGGCAGAGUGUCGCAGCACCCUGGGGGUGGUGGUCUUGGCUGGGGAGCUCUAUGCCCUGGGGGGCUAUGAUGGCCAGUACUACCUACAGUCUGUAGAAAAAUAUGUCCCCAAGGUGAAGGAGUGGCAGCCUGUGGCACCUAUGACCAAGUCACGCAGCUGCUUUGCCACGGCUGUGCUGGAUGGCAUGGUCUAUGCCAUUGGUGGCUAUGGCCCCGCCCAUAUGAACAGUGUGGAGCGGUACGACCCCAGCAAGGAUGCCUGGGAAAUGGUAGCCCCCAUGGCAGACAAACGGAUCAAUUUUGCCGUGGGUGUCAUGCUAGGGUUCAUAUUUGUGGUUGGGGGACACAAUGGGGUAUCUCAUCUGUCCAGCAUUGAGAGGUAUGACCCACACCAGAACCAGUGGACAGCCUGUCGGCCCAUGAAUGAACCACGCACAGGGGUUGGCUCCGCGAUCGUGGACAACUAUCUCUAUGUGGUGGGGGGUCACUCGGGGUCAUCCUACCUGAACACUGUCCAGCGAUACGACCCCAUCACAGACAGCUGGCUGGACUCAAGCGGCAUGAUGUACUGCCGCUGUAACUUUGGCAUGACUGCUCUUUGACCCAUGGCACCCCUGGGUAGGACUCCUUAAGAAGACUUAGACAAAAGGCUCUUUUUUUUUUUUCUUCUUCCCUCCAUUCAUAGCCAACAGGCUGAGGAGGCCUCCACACUGCUGUGGAUCCCAGAGAGAGAGAGAGAGCUUGUUGCUGGAUGAAUGAGCCCGGCUGGCACCAGGAAACCACAGAUGGCCAGAGUGAAAGGGUCUGGGUGGAGGAGAGGAGCAGAUCACCAUGGAUCUUGUCACAGAGAAGAGAUGACUGCUGCUGAACCACAAUGACAUUUCACAGGACUGUGGGUGAAAACUGUCACUUUUUUUAAUUGUAGACUUUUUAUUUUGUUCAUUUAAAAAAAAAAAAAUUCUGCUAUGAGCAGAACAUGUUCCAGUUGUUUUUUCCCCCCCCUAGAUCUUUAAAGUAUGUGUGUGGCGCAGAGUGUCUGUAUGCUUGUGAGUAGACGCAUGAUUGUUCUUCUGUGUCUGUGUGCAGGACUAAAGCUCAGGCAAGGUGAUCGGCUCACAGUUUGAAAUGUCUGCAUCUAAAUCAGUGCUUCACAAAGAGAGAUCUGAAUAUUUAUAUUCACUUAAAGGGCUGCCUUUUUUUCUCUGUAAAUAGUUUAAAUUAAAAGAAAUGUAUAGAUAUUAAUAUAUCCUCUAGUGCAUUGCCUGUAAAUGUUUUUUUUGCACUGGGUUACUAGUUAUGGUAUGUGUGUGUAUACAUGUACUUGAUUGAAGGGUUGAGGUUGUGAAGGAUUAACAAACCCCACUGAAUUCUCUUGAGUACUUGCCACCUGUCUUUCAUCCUCGGAGCAAUUGAUAAAUCCCCAUCUCUAGGCUUCUGUUACAUCUUCCUGAGGUAGGGUCACACUUCAUCCCUCUUCAUAAGUAUUGAAGAUAUCCUGUCCUGCUUUUCACUGCUGGGUUUGUACACAAUACUAACUGGUGCUAUUAGGAUUCAGCUGUUGUCUGUGUUGCCUCAAUGUAUCAGGUUUCUUUUAUUUGUUCUUCUGUGUUGUUGUAGAUGUUGGUUGUGCAUCAAAAUGCCCCCAUGCUAUAAAGCAGUGUCUUGCUAGAAGGCAAGCUUGUGACUGGAAUACCUCAACCACCAGUCUUUACUUUGAGCCCUGUUUUUAAAUUGGACUCGUUAGGUACCAUCUAUGGAUCCAUUUAUGAUCUGAUGCUUUCCCUCUUGAGCCCCACUGCUGUCAUUCGUUUAGCGAUAGUUUGUCUGAAAUAUUGUCCCUGCAUUAUGAAGUAGUGGAUCUGGCUGUAAAGCUCACUGCCAAUUUCCUCACAAAGAAAGUCUGAGAUUGUUGGUCUCUAAUGGGUUAGGAAGAAGCCUAGCGGUUAAGAGUGUUGGGCCAGUAACCAAAAGGUCACUGGUUUGAAUCCUUGAGCCGACUAGGGAAAAAAUCUCUGUGCCCUUGAGUAAGGCACUUAACCCUAAUUGCUCCUACAAGUCGUUCUGGAUAAGAGUGUCUGCAAAAUGCUUAAAAUGUAAUGACCCCUACACCCCCGCUCUCUGCUUGCUCUGAUAAAGCAUGUGUGAGAAGCCACAUGUGGCCAAGGUCUUCCUGAGGAGCUCAGGCAAGAGUGCAUAUACAUACACAGCCUUGUGAAGUGCCAAAAGAUGACCUGCUUUCACAAGUCUGGUGUAACUUUCUCCUGUGUGCCAGAAUCAAAAGGGUUAUUUUCACUGCUAAUGCAUAGUACGUGUGACAUUGUGUCAUAUGGAUGGGGUGGAUAUGGAGCAGUAAGGGCUGUGUUCUAUGUCAAGCAAAAUUGUCACUGUCACAAACUAUUUGGACCUUGGAGAGAGACAUGGCAGACAGACAAGGGCAUGGAGACAUGACUGAGCUCAAAGUGCUCGCCUGGGUUAAUGGCUGCAGGCUGAGUCUGGGUGUUGUAGCCUUGGGGCCACGCUGAAGGACAGGUAACAUGAGACUAUAGAUCAAGAAACUCAGUCCCUGUUGUUGGUCCAGAGUGUAAGAGCAGUUUCCUUGUAUUGUACAUUUUAUAGAUGUUUGCACAUGAGGAAAACUUAAAGGGAGCUCUGCAUUGCACUUACCGGACUUAUUGAUGAGUAGUGCAAUUUCAAUUUGUACAUAGGUCUCAAUUUAGGUUCAUGGAAUUUAAACAAUGCAAUACAUUUGUGGAUACAAUUAUUUUUGCUUUGAAUUUUGCCUCAAAAGUCAAGGCGUAUCAUAUUGCUGUGACGUUAUCACACGUUUUAUAUUGUCUGAAAGACCACCACCGUUCAAACCUUUUGUCUCUGUUUUCCCCAUCCCACUUUGCAUUGUUUGCUCUCAUCUUUGAAGAGCCAUUAACAAUGUUGUGCAAGUCAAUUCACAUGUACUGAGGAAAGUUUGCAGACAAUCAAAUGGAUUGUAUUCCAGUAAAAAUUCCAGUUUGCAUGUAAUGUAAGAUUGGCACAAGACUGACUGUAUGGGUCUUGCUCUAAGCCAUCUGAUCUAGUUUCUCACCAGAGAGCAGCCUUGCAGUUACAGUGCUGCAGUGUUGUGUUCCAUUUACACACUUGUCAAUUGUGAUUACCUAUACUCUUUAGCUCUUACCCUCUAAACGUUACCUUAGACGUAAUAAAUUAAGAUCAAGGGAAGCCCCCCCCCCACCCAAACAAACAUCUUAAGACUGUUUUUUUAACCUUUAUUUUACUAGGCAAGUCAGUUAAGAACAAAUUCUUAUUUACAAUGACGGCCUAGGAACAGUGGGUUAACUGCCUGUUCAGGGGCAGAACGACGUUUAUUCUUGCUCUAGCAAUAAGAGACCAUUGUCAGCAUCUCAGCAGUAUGAGGGCUUGUCUGAACAAGCAUGCAAGUUCUUCACUUGACUUCUCUUCUUUAAAUGCUGAUGGUUGAAUCUUAGGUGAUGUUAAAUUUAUUUCUAAAACAAGUUGUUUCAUGGUUAGACCUGCUGCUGUUUUUUCCCCAUCUUGGAAUGGUGGGCUUUAACAUUUCACAGUGGAAACAUCUAAAUGAAUCUACGAUUGCAAAAAAAGUUUACGCUGCCAUGGGAUGGAAGUAAAUAUGCCAUUUCAACCUGCAUGAAUGUACAGCUCCUAUUCACAUAACCAUGAAUUGUUUUUCAUUUUCUUCAAUGUCCUUCGUAUGAAUAAUCAAUGCAAAUCCAACAUAUUGCAAUAGGUGAAAUAUGACAUCCUUGGAACAUCCUAAGAUAACUUAGUGCACAUAGUAUAAAAUGAACUAAUACUGUAUUACAUUAACCAUUUUAAUUGAAUAGUCUUUUCCCUUUUAGAUUUUCUUGCAAUUGGGUUUUUCUGCUUUAAUUCUUGAUGUUAGGCAAAUUAGGCAUUUGUCCAUCCACAACAUCUUUGGAGGCUGAACCAGAACAUAGUGAAAAUCACACAGGCAUGAUUGUCUGCAGCUGCCAUCCAUUGUCAAGCAUUUGAUACUACUACUACUACUACUACAUUUUGAAAGAUGUUAUCCUUGGGGAUAUUGAAGACAACAUACAUUUUAGGGAUGAAUGUAUACAGACAGUCUUUACUUUACUGUGGAGGGACAUUUUUUGACCAUACGUGGAAUCUGAAAACGCGAAACUGCAAAAUGAAGGGAUGUAUAGCAAAAUGUGAUUUUUUUUAAAGAAGAUGUGUACUUUUAUCAUGCCCUAACCAUGUCUUGUUUUGCCACCACUCACCAAAGUGCUUGUUUUACUUAUGAAUGCAGAGGGAAUACUAAAAUCAAGUCAUUUGAAACUGAUGUCAAUGUUAGCCAAAUUAUCUCUGCUUCUUUUACAUUUCCAAUGAGUGUCUGAACUGGCUUAAGGUGAAAAUGUUGAAUUCUAUAUCCUGUGGAUUAUUACUGGAACUACAAGAACCUUGAAGUAGAAGCAGUAUUUUUGUUUCUAAAAUGUUAUCAUGCUUUGAUUGAACAUGCAUUUUAGCCAGUUUGUGUGUGCCGUCGUACCGAGUUAAAAUCAAUAAAUGCCUGCCUUAAAGGCACGCUGUUCUUU